UUUACAUAAGAAGUCGUUUAUUUGGUUUAUUUUCUCAGUGAAGCAUUGCCGCUAGCUAGCUAGCAUUAGCGAAACGUCCAAUAGCAACUACCUUGGUCGAGCUCGGCUCCGGAGUCCAAUAGGCGUAAAUAGGCGGUUGCUGUGUCGAAUUAAAUAUUUUAUAUUAAACUUUGAUUCUUUCAAUAAUCACAAUAGUAUGUAUAUAAAUGUCUUUAUUUCAUCGGGACUUUUACGGUGAGUACGGCGACCAGAUAUGACGUCACAUUGUAGUUUUCCCCACCCUCGUGUUUACUUGUAGGCCACAAUUCGGCGACCAAAUAUGACGUCACAUUGUAGUUUUAUUACGUUGCGUUUACUUGGAUGAAACAAAUAUAUCUUACACAAUGGUUUUCACUAUUACGCAUACUGUAAUAUAAAUAAAUUUUGAUGUUUAGUAGACAAACAACGCAUCCUAUGUUGAAAAAUCAAUGGACAUUUUGGGGUUAAAUUGUUGCGUUGGAAAGUGACGUCACCACGCCAAGUCUCGCGUGAGUUAUAGCUGCUUAUCGCGAUUGUUGCAGCCCGCGCGCAGUGGUCAGUCACAGACGGCGGUUAUCGACAGAGACUGUUGCUGUGAUUGUGUGCGUGUUUGCCAGAAAGUGAAUUGCUUUGAUCAGUUGAACUGCUUUGAUCAGAGUUCAUUCGCUUUGACCAAAGGCUGCCGACUGAGUCCCAACCCACCCCAACCCACCCCAACCCUCUUUAUCGCUGCUCCACCUUUUGUCUCUGACUUCUUUCACUCACUGUCCAUCUUGUGGUGUUGAUAAGACAAUCUGACUUGUGGAUAAGACAAUCUGAUUUGUGGAUAAGACAAUCUGACUUGUGGAUAAGACAAAAACCCUUUUUGGGCUGUGCAUUGAAAUAUAUCCCCUUGCAUCGGGGCCUGACUGUUGAGACUUCUUUAUUACCUGUUGUGUGGAAUCCAAUUGAGAAAAGACACGAGCCAUGCCACGCAAAAGCAAGAAGGCGCAAGCUGCCAAGGUAAGCUGGCAACAGCGUAAAAACAACACAGACUCUGGAAGUGCAGAUAAACCAACAACUGCCAAAGAAUUGAUGGCCAUUGAACCUGAAAACUCUAUGGAGGUAAUGAUGUCUACAUCUCAUGAUCCUGUAACAUGUGUUUUGGCAUCCUACAGUCAAGAUCAUCCAAAGUAUGCCGAUUCCAGAAACAGUCAGUGUGCUGCAAACUCUGCUACAUUUCUAGCUUUCCUGCAGGAGAUAGAGAAUGUGACCAGUGCUCACCUGGACCUUGUUCUCGAUCGAGGCAAUGAGCUCUAUGUGGCUACUGUGGCUGUGCUGAAAGCAGAAGGACGGUACGAACAUCAUCAUUUGGCAACCGAUGAAAUCCCAUCCAUUGUGAACGGCUUGCACAAACAGCAUGUGUUAAUAAAGUAUCAGUCAAUGUAUGGUCUUUUCAAUUCCGCUAUUGCUGAUGUGGCAUUUAUGAUGCUCUGUGACGGACUUCAGUGCCUGGUGUCAGAGGUAAAUUAUGCUCUUUUGGUUAUGAAUUCAUUGUUUAUUGCUGUUUUCCGAAACCACCAAGGCAGAUAUGGCUAUUUUGAUCCACACGCCAGAGAACGUGAUGGGCUCCCUCCGCCCUCCGGUGCACCGCGUGGUACAGCUGUCAUGAUGCUUUUUACAUGUUUGAACGAUCUGAUAGAUAAGCUCAUACAGGUUUUCACUCUGGCUGGUGCAGCUCCCACUACUCAAUAUGAAUUGAUGCCGGUAAGGUUUCAACCUGUUGACGAUGCAAGUGACCGUGAAAUGGCGAUUGAUGCAGAAUCAUCUCUUAUGACAACACACAAUGAUUUGUUAAGCAAGUCUGCUGCUGAGAUGACACAGCGUAUGGUGACGGGUGAGUCCAAACCAUGUGCGAGCAAACCCGAGUCCAUUGAAGGGGUACAUGACAAUAGUGAGGUAUGUACACAGCAAAAACAAACACGAGAUGUGUUGAAAAUUGCAAAAUCCAAAAGGAAAACAUUUCAGAGACGAACUCAAGCCCAAGAAAAGAUAAUUGAUAAUGCUAUGGCGAGACUCACAAAACAAGAAACAAGGCGAAUAAACUCAAACAUGAAAAGUAAGGAAAGAUACUGCCAAACUCCAGAGAUUAGACAACGUAAAAAGUCUUACAUCGUGACCCGCUACCAGCAAGACUCUGAUUUCCGUGUAAAACAAAAGUCGUUCGCAGUCGACCGCUAUCGCAAACAUGACACAAUUAAGAUGAAACAGCGCGCCUACAUCAGUCAGAGGACUCAGACGGUCGGGAACUACUGA